UUGAGAGGGAUUUGCCUCGAACGAGGGAGAGGGAAAAAGUUCCGUGAAAGCAGAUAGAGAAGUGGGAGAGGACAAGGGAGAGCCUUUCCAGACACACACACACAGAGAGAGAGAGAGAGAGAGAGAGAGAGAGAGAGCGAGCGAGAGAGAGAGAGAAGAGAGAGAGAGAGUUGGACCGGCUCGUCCCAAGCGGAGCCCGAACCUCUUUCUCCACUUCCACGGCUAACUCAACUCACGAAAUAGCUAGCGGUAACUCUCCUAAACAACCUCUUCUGGACAAUUUACACGGGACGGGGAAACGAUGACGGUGCCGUGUUGUCUUGUUUGUUUGUUCUUUUUAAAAGAGAGAGAAGCCCAAGAAUAAGUUAGGAAAAUCCGGUUUUCCCUGCUCCAUUACCGCCGCUUUUGUGUUUGUAAAUGGUGGAGCAAGUUGUCUGCUGACAGCACCAAUUGUCCCGCACAAUAGAACGUUCCAAGCUGCUGGCUCCCUCGACCGGGAGAUGGGUCAAACCCCACCCCACCCUGACAUUGAUUGGGUUUCAAUGGGGACAGUCGGUCGACCCAAUCCCGAUCGGGUCGAACCUUCCGAUCGGGAAACUUCGUCACCACUGACCAAUCUCCUGUCGACGAAUGCUUGCCGUUCUGCGAAAAACCAUACUUGCAUGAACCAGUGUGUGGCGGAAAAAAGCAAACAAAGCCGCUCAGAUGGACCUGAGAUAAUGUCACCAGCCAGUCUACCUUGCGUCCUGGUCUUCUUCUGGACCAUAAACACCAGAAUGGCAGAUCCCACCGGGCUAAGCUCCGAGUCGACGGGGGCCGGUAUUGCCGAGGUCGACGCCUGUAGCUUGGAGAUAGAAAGGAAGUAUGACAUCAUCCCUGCUGUCAUCUGCUCCAUGUGUUGCCUCUUUGGCAUCAUCUACUGCUUCUUUGGUUACCGCUGUUUCAAGGCGGUCAUGUUCCUGUCCGGUCUGAUGUUCGGCGCCGUUAUCAUCUUCCUGCUGUGCCACAAGGAGCACGUGCUGGACACCCAGCUCAGUGUGGAGGCCAGCGCCGGCAUCGGCCUCGGUAUCGGCCUGCUCUGCGGCCUGGUGACCAUGCUGGUGCGUAGCGUGGGCCUCUUCAUGACGGGCCUCCUGCUGGGCCUUCUGCUGGCUCUGGCCGCCCUGCUGCUGACUCAGCAGUUCUACACUCCCACCACGGUGUGGGUGCCCCUGGGUGCGCUGCUGGGAUCGGGCAUGCUGUUCGCCGUUCUGACGCUGCAAUGGCAAAAGCUCUUCACCGUCCUCUCCACGGCCGUGUUCGGCGCCGCCAUCAUGACGGUGUGCGCCGACUACUUUGUGGAGAUGCUAGCUUUGGCCACACACGUGUACGGGUGCCUGCGCCUCUCGCCGGGCCCGCCUCUCUGCUGGUACAGCUGGGUAAUUCUGGGCAUCUGGCCCGCGCUCAGCCUCAUCGGAGUCCUGGUCCAGUGGAAACUGACGGAUGGCAGCUUCUCCCACACAGAGGUGGUUUUAAGUCGGCGGCAGAGGAGAGUGCAGCUGAUGCGCAUUAGAGAGAAGGACACCAGGAAGCGACAGCAGGCAGGUGGGCAGGAAGGCACGUACCGCCGUAAAGCCACCCCAGUGAAACGUUACGCUGGGGACCUUCUGGCACCGAGCUACCUUCAAAGUCUGCGGGACAGACAAAUGGGCACCGGCACCUCCCUUAGCAGCCAGAGCACAGCCAACCACACCAUGAUCGACUUGGACUGUGACACUGGCUCCACAGUGCCCCUAACAGCUACGACCCCUGUCGUCAGGGUCUGAGCACCGUGACCGUUACUAAAAGAGAGGGGGGGGGGGGGGGGGGGGGGGGGGGGGGGCAUUUUGGUUCUGUUCUGAAGAACCUGUGACAAUGUUUUGUUGUUGAUCUGUGUGUGAAAAGAGGAUUACCAGUGGAGGAGGUUGCUGCUUUUUUUAAAUUGGGAAAGGAGAACAUUUAAAGCAACUACAACUGUGGUGCUUCUCAGAGGAACAAAACACUAACCACACAAGGUCCUCCAUUUCCUCUCAUCGUGUAUUGAAUACAUAACAGAGCCUGAGGUGCAUUUCUAUCAGGUGGUACUGUACUUCAAAAGUUAGUCUCAUUGUCAUUAAGUGUUGCGUUGUUACUGUUUAACAUUGAAGGAUGUGUGAUUUUCUUUUCUUUAGAAGCAGUGUGUCAGGGAGUGAAGUAUGACUACAAGUAUUUCAAAGUGAAGCAAAAACUAAAUGUUACAUGACAAGAGGUUUUGAUUGUGUAAAAGCUUCUUUUUUGUUUUUGCAUCACUCUGAUUGAUUUGCGUGAAAUAUUUUAGCCUUUGUGUUCUUGUCAAAUGUUAAACAUUAUAAUUUAUUUGUCAUGUAAACCAAGUACAUGGUCGUGAUGAUUUAAAAAAAUAAAAUAAAUUGGUAGCUGUUAUUAUCCAUGUUGAUUGACUUUAGGACCGACAAUUCAAUGUGUUUACUGAAUCUGUUCAUAAAUGUUGAUAGAAAUGAAUAAAAUACACGUGUUUGAUACUUA